AUGAGCAUCAUGCAUCAAGGGCUUAUGAAUAUUAGAUAUUCUAAAUCUGAUAGCUUUAUUACCAUUGAUUCAUUGAGAGGUUCUUUGGAAGAUCAAGAAAAUUUCAUAGUGUUCAGCCUUAUAGAGAGGGCAAGGUACCCCUACAACUAUCCUGCUUACGAUCCUUCUUAUUUAGGCCUGAAGAAUUAUUCCCUUGUGGAGGCCUUCGUCAGGGACACAGAGGCUAUUGAAGCCAACUUUGGAAGAUACCAGAACCCUGAGGAGCUUCCUUUCUUCCCAGAUUACAAAGCUUUUCCAUUAGUGCCUCCUUUCAAAUUUUCACAAAUCUUGUAUCCUCCUGCUUCAUCUAUUAAUGUAAGCAGAACUAUAUGGGAUAUGUACUUCAAUAAGCUCCUUCCACUAAUAGCCAUAGAAGGUGAUGAUGGAAACUAUCAGCAAGCAGCAGCAUCAGAUCUUAUUUGUUUGCAGGCCCUCUCCAAAAGAAUUCACUAUGGUAGAUUUGUGGCCGAAGUGAAGUUCAGAAACACCCCUUCAGAUUACCUCUCUGCAAUACAUGCAAAGGAUUCUGAAACUCUAACAAGACUGGUGACAUCAAAGACAGUUGAAGAAACAGUAACAGAAAGGGUGAAGAAGAAGGCCGAGGUAUUUGGCCAGAAUGUAACUCUAAGAGAAGCCUCAAAAGAUGGAAAUGAGACGACUAAAUACAAGGUGGAUCCUUCAGUUGUUUCUAAUCUCUAUGGCGAAUGGGUUAUUCCUCUUACCAAGCAAGUUGAAGUAAAUUACCUUCUGCAUCGCCUUGACUGAUGAGACCAGGAAGAUAGUUGAAUUGCCAGAUGCUAGAUUGCUAGUUGAAGUGCUGAAGGAAUUUCGUCACUUAGGAUAGAAGAAAAUGAAUUCUUAUGGAUGGUACUGCACUCACAUCAUUGUUCCUCAUUUGUAGUAUAAAAUAUUCUUUUAUAA